GAAAAAAUACAAACGUAUACUCUCAAAUAAUCUUCCUCAAGUAAAACAUCGAGAAAUCUGUUCCACAAAGAAAGGUGUUCGAGAGACAGUAUGAGAAUGUGAAAUUUCGAAAAGACAAACAACGUGCACUUAAAUAAGGAUUAGAAAAAAGAUGAAUUAUAUGAAAAAGAUAAAAGUGAUAAGUAUCGUUUCAUGUCAAUGUUAAGCAAAAAUAAAAAAAGAUAUAUAUAUAUAAAAAAAAAUAUAAAAAGCUAAAGUUAAAAAUAAAAAUAGAUAAACGCAUGCAGCAGGAGACAUUAAUAAGUCAACGUUUGAAUAUAACUGAAUUGCAAAUGUUACUAAUUAGCAUUUGAUUUGUUGAUACACAACUUCUGAAACGUCAUAAAAAGCGAUACAUACAAAUGUAUCUAUUCACUUCGAAGAAAAAUAUGAAAAAUACAAGAAAACCGAAAUAGAAGAGAUAUUUCUUUAUAAGUCUUCAAAGAAAGGCAAUGUCAACGUGGGAAAUCAAUGCGUGUAAAACACUUCACUAAAUAGUCGGAGACAAAAGAGAGAGAGAGAAAAGAAGAAAGAGAAGCAAAAAGAGACAAGAAGUACAAGAAAGGUCGUUUAACAAUGUAUAACCGUCCGGUAUUGUCGGAUCCGUCGAAGACAAAAUUGAUAGACAUUCAAUUUUUCGAUUUGGUAUACGAAGUUCAAGAUGGAUUCCGCGGUUCGAAAAAGCAAAUUCUCAAAGGUAUUAAUGGUUUAUUCAAAUCGGGUGAUCUGACCGCUAUUAUGGGUCCGUCAGGAGCUGGCAAGUCAACGUUGUUGAACAUACUGACAGGAUUUAAACAAGACAAGAGCAUGAAAGGCAAGAUAAACUACCUCAAUAAUAAAGGAAAUAAUGAGACCUGGAACGAAUAUAAGAAAUAUUCCUGUUACAUAUUACAAGAAGAUCAGCUUCCUAAUUUAUUCACAGUGAAUGAGACGAUGAUAAUAUCGACAAAUUUGAAGUUGGGUAAUAAUCUGAAUAGAAAGGCCAAACAGAUUCUAAUUGAUGAUAUUUUAGAUACCUUGGAUUUGAUACAUACCAAAAAUACGCGUACGAACAAAUUAAGCGGCGGACAGAAAAAGAGAUUGAGCAUCGCAUUGGAACUCGUUGAUAAUCCUCCAGUAAUGUUUCUAGACGAGCCUACGACCGGUUUGGAUUCCUCUUCUUCUCUUCAAUGCGUGACAAUGCUUCAGAAACUAGCAAAAGGCGGUAGAACGAUAAUCUGCACAAUCCAUCAACCUAGUGCUGUUAUUUACAUGAUGUUUGAUCACGUUUAUUUGUUAGCUGAUGGACGUUGCAUGUACGAAGGUGCUGCUAAAAACACAAUUGAUUACUUUGCCCAAUUAGGUUUACACUGUCCAAAAUAUCAUAAUCCUGCGGAUUAUAUGUUGGAGAUCGUUAGCAACGAAUACGGAAAUUUCAAUGAUCAGCUCGUAGCAACGAUUGAGAAUAACAAAACAAUUUGGCGAGCAAAAUCAUCGAUGAAAAAUCAAUCGAUAAUCGAUGACAAUGGCAUUAAAGAUUACAAAAGAGAAGAGAAAACUACCGUUCUGAUAAACACACCCUCCGAAUUUACAAGAUUUUGGAUUUUACUCAAUCGCUGCUUCGUACAAUUCUACAGAGACUGGACAUUAAGUUACCUCAAAUUAUUAGUUCACUUUUCCGUAGGUCUAUUUCUCGGUUUGUUCUUUGAUAACGCUGGUAUGGAUAGUAACAAAACUAUUAGUAAUAUCAGUUUCAUUAUGGUCAGUAUAAUUUAUCUUUGUUACACCAGCAUGAUGCCGGCCGUAUUAAAAUUUCCUUUGGAAAUGGCGAUGUUGAAAAAAGAACGAUUUAAUAAUUGGUAUCAACUAAGGACUUACUAUCUCGCUUUGCUAAUAGCUAAUAUACCUAUCCAGCUAUUAUUCUCUUUCAUUUACUGUUCCAUUUCAUAUUUUCUCAGCAAUCAACCGCUCGACUGGGAUAGAUUCCUCAUGUUCUUUGGAAUCUUUGUCUUGGUAAUGCUCGUCGCUGAUAGCUUUGGGCUUGUUAUCGGUACUUUGCUCAAUCCCGUGAACGGUACCUUUCUAAGUGUCAUCAUCUUUUCAAUGUUUAUAAUACUCGCGGGUUUCUUCAUUUUUUUCAAUCACAUGCCAAAAUACCUCUAUUACUUUAGUUACUUAAAUUACAUGAGAUACGCUUUAGAGGGUCUAGUACAAUCGUUAUACGGAUAUAAUCGUGAAAAACUUGAUUGUCCUGAUCUCACAUAUUGUCAUUUCCGUAUACCUCAAAUGGUUUUUAUAGAACUGGGAAUGACCAAUACUAAAUAUUGGUUCGACGUUAUUAUUCUGAUUAUCAAUUUUCUUUUUUAUCGAAUCGUCGCUUAUUACACAUUGAAACGAAAUUUAAUGAUAACUUGAAACGAAUAGUUUGCUUCUGAACAAAAAUGUAUCUUCUCUUUCGUCUUUUUUUUUUUUUUUAAUGUUAUUCGCUUAAUUAUUCACAUAGUUUGCUAUCGAUCUUUUUGAUAUACGAUCGAAUUCGCUUUCAUAUACUUUCGAGACGAUUUAUUAAAACAAAAUAUAUCAAUCUGCGAAUAUCAUAUUAUAGAAUGAAAUCUUGGAUUUAUCGAUUAUCAAGAAAACUAAACGAAACGGUCGAUCUUUUAUGAAUAAUUAUUAAUACAUUGUAAGAAACUCGAUCAAUCGUUAAAUUCUUGUACGUUCCAUUCAACAUCGAUAUGCGCGGUGUAAAAUUUUUAUUAUAACGAUGGUAAAAUGUUAUUAUAACUUAUUCUCUGUAUGAUUAAUUGUUAAUAAUAAAAUUAAUAUUAUUUCGAUAAAUUAUAUUCGCGUAUUUUCAAUAUUUAUAAAUAAAGAAUAAAAUAAGAAAAAGAGAAAAUUAA